AUGGGGGUCACCUUCCUCCAGGCCAACCUCAACCACUCCGCUAGGGCGCAGGAUCUCCUCCUGCAAUCCAUGGCGGAGUGGGAUUUGGAUGUCGCGGUGGUCGCGGAGCCGUACGCGGUUCCCUCCCUGCCCCACUGGGCGGGGGAUCUGGAUGACCUCGUGGCCAUCGUGGCUAGGCCUGGUGCCGCCCCUCCCCUCGCGAUUAAGAAGAGAGGGAACGGCUUUGUGGUGGCGGUUCGGGGAGAGUACGCCAUAAUUGGUGUUUACUUCUCCCCGAACCGGGAUUUGCCGGCCCUGGAGCGGUUCUUGGAUGCCCUGGGGCCGGAGAUAAGGCGGUUAGCGCCCCUAAAGGUCUUCGUGGCCGGUGACUUCAACGCCAAAUCAACGGCGUGGGGGAACCCGGCCACGGAGCCCAAGGGGCGAAAGGGCCAAACAAAGGGAAGGGGGGAAAUGGAAUGUUCAGGGUCUGAACAUUCCGCUGGGGAGGAAACUGACGGGAGUGGCCUCGCUGUGGGCCAAGAGAGGAUGGGGAGCCUGUUGGGAAGUGCGGGCUCCAUCACCUCGUUGUCGGAGUCGGUGCUGGGCAACAAGCGCCUCUAUUCUGAGGUGGCGACUGGUUCCGGCACCGACACUGAGGUCGGUGUGCCACGGGCACAAUCAGUGGCGAAGAGGGGCAAGGCUCGGGGUGCCUCGCACCUGACGAGGGCCCGGGCUGAAGCGAGGAGGAGUCAAGAGGAGGAUGCCGAGGCUUCCUUCUCGGCCUCUCUAGGGGCUCGGGCCUUCCGGAGGGGAGGACCCCUGAAUGGUGGGGACGAUGAUGUGGUGGUGGCCCCCAUUGAUGCGCGGGACUUUGGGGCCAUGGGUGCUGAUGGACUCAUGGCCACUGCGGUGGAGAGGCUGGGUAUUAUAACCAGCCUCGUCGGGAAGACUGCCGCCCUCAAGGGGGGCUUCAACUCCAAAAUUAUGCGGGCCUCCUCGGAUAUCAGGGAUAUCGUGGACACCCUGGUGGCGCGCAGCGAGUCGGACGAAGUUCGACGCCUUAAGGCCGAUAAUGGUCGCCUCCAAAGGGAGGUGGCCAUUAUGAAGGCUGAGGUCGCUGCGCUCCGCCGGGGGUUCGAGGAGGCCCGCCGUGAGGCUGCUCAGGCUGCGCGGACGGUACAGCGGCAGGCAGCUCCAGUGGAGGAUGAGCUGGAGCAGAGGAUGGCCAGAUUAAUUGAUGGCCGUCUGGCAGCGCUAGGACUGGCUGGAUGUCCUCGGAGUGCCACUCGUCCACCUCUGGCGGGUGACAACUCCGAGGUGGCGAGGGCUGCAAGGACGGCCAUUGAGGAGGCCUCCGGCCUGGGUCCGGCGCCGCGGCUUGAGCAGCCGGUGGAGUUGGAGGUUCGGGCCCCUGCACGCCCGGCCUCUGAGAGGCGGGGUUGUAAGGGGGUAGGUGCUGGGGGAGCGACAGAGUGGGGGCCCUUCGGGCCGUCGACCUCAACAGCUGUGGUCGACGAAUGCCCGGAGCUCCCCUGGGUCGAAGUCCGGGGGAGGAGGGGGAAGGGGAAGGGCGUGGGAAAGAAGUCCCAGCCCAAACCUGCGGAGCGACCGGCGGCGGCCCCAACAAAGGCCACUGCAACGGCGCCCAAGGCACCCCCCAGGGCGGCGCCAGCGAGGGCGGCCAAGCUGUCGGCCCCUAGCUCCUCGGCUGUAAUUCUCAAGUUACAGCCAGAGGCAGCGCAAAAAGGGGCCACAUACAGCUCCGCCCUCCUCAAGGCCGAGCAGGCGGUGAGCCUGGAGGGGCUAGGAAUCGGCUCGCUUCGGAUUCGCCCGAGUGCGACCGGAGCGAGGCUAAUCGAGGUCUCUGGCCCCUCCAACUCAGACAAGGCAGAUGCGCUUGCAUCGGCCUUGAAGGCGGCCCUUUCCGGCGUCGCGGACGUUUCCAGGCCCGUCAAAACCGCGGACUUCCGCGUGACGGGCCUGAAUGAUGCGGCAACGGCGCAGCGGAUAAAGGCUGCGGUCGCGCAAGCCGGGAGCUGCACGGAGGACCAAAAGCUAAAAAGCUGA